UUAUUUUUCUACUCUUCAACAGGACUGAAUCAUACAAUCUGAGGACGCAUAGAACACGACCCGAACCCACGAGGGUCCAGCCUUCCCUGUCUCUAUAAUAUUCCCCAAAUAAAAGACUCAGCCAACCCGGUACGAAGGUAGCCUCCACCCCCGUGGGACUACCUGACCCUCUCGACUACUCUUGUGAAGUAGUACUGGAAGAGGGAGAAAAAACAAAAAACAAAAAACAAAAAAAAUCAACUACAAUACCUUUACGUUGGCCCCAAUCAACUUUGUGCAACCUGAUUCCCUCCCUCUCUUGAGCGAUAGGGUGGGCGGGUGGAAAAAUCGAUCAAGACCCUACGUGUUCUCUCUCAACUCUGGUGUGUCCAGCCUCUCGGUUUUUGCUAGCUGGCUCUGCAACCUAUGGGGCGCUGCUCGCGAGGCCACCUGUCCUCCGAGCUAUUCCCUUUCGCUUGGCUGUCUUACGGGCAAACUGAACUGAACGCUUACUCGGGGACGGUGAGGCAGGUCACAUCCCCUAUCCCCUCCUUUUCCCACGAAUUGAAACCGCCUUCCACAAACAACGCUUUCCUUCAGAACGCUACAUUUUGA